UCACGACGUGCUCGCCGCGCUGCCAAACAGCCGCAUUCAUAUUGCAAGCCUGUGCCCUGAAGUCAUAUCCACUUUAUCCCGCGCCCCCGGAACCGCUCGCCGUAUGACAGACAUGGUCAAAGCGCUCCCGGAUCGCCAUCGUCAGCACCUGCCAGCCGUUGCCAUUACAUCAACCCACAAAUCCCAAUAGGCCCAUUGAGCACGCGACACUCCAACAGCUCGCCCUCUGCGGAGGUGGGAGUCUGUCUGGACUCCACCACACCAUGAUACUCCCUCGCUCCCUCUACAAUGAGUCGCCCCCGGAGCGCCGCACCCGAGUCGAGAACAACCCGACUCUCCUCUACAGCUGGUGGUGCACCAUCUUUUCUCUAACCAUUAUUGGAAUCCGCUUGUCCGGCCGAUACAUCAGGAACGAGCGACUGUUCCGAGAAGACAAGAUCAUGGCGUGGAGCAUCAUUCCGCUGAUGGCAAGAAUGGGAUUCAUCCAUGUCGUCCUUCUCUACGGGACGAACAACGCCGCCACCGAGGAUCUCAAUGACCCCGUCAAAAUCUACCAUCGCGAAAUUGGCUCCAAACUGGUGCUCGCAGCGAGAAUAUUCUACGCCCUGUUCAUCUGGACAGCCAAGUUUACCGUCUCCGAGUUUCUGAAGCGGAUGACGGAGAGGUUUUGGAAGAGGGGCUAUGAAUUUGGCCUGCGAACUAUCCGCAUCUUCCUCGCAGUCACGUUUAUCAUCGUCGUCAUCGCAACUUUGGCAGAAUGUCAACCCUUCGACCACUACUGGCAGGUCAAACCCGAUCCAGGCCCCCGUUGUCGUCAAGGUUACGGCCAUCUCCUCUCCAUGGGCGUAACGGACAUCAUAACCGACCUUCUGCUCGUGUUCUUCCCCAUUCCCAUCAUACUCCGCUCUGGAAUGCCCCUUGGGCGCAAGCUGUCACUUGUGGCCCUGUUCUCCAUGUCCAUCAUCCUCAUCGGCAUCACCGGAGCCAGGGUACCUCUAGUCAUCGAAAAGCACGGAUUGCAGCAAUAUCGUACUGUAUUCGCGUCGUCCGAGAUACUUGCUGCUGCAGUCGUCUCCAACGCUAUCAUCCUAGGCUCAUUCCUCCGUGACAGGGGCGUCAAGAAAGCGAAAUACAAAGCUGGAUCCACUACCGACAGCAUGGAUCGCCGCUCUUCGACGCGGCGUCCGACGCUACAGCAAUGGGGCAGCGACGAAGAUCUCGCUCGAGAACUAGGGUACCGUACGAAGCCUGAACAUGCCGAGCUAAAGCCAAAUAUAGCGCGACCAGCUCAGGUUGUUGACCUUAAUCUUCUCUCGCCACACGGACAUUCCCCACCCUUUUCGAAUAGCACUUGGCAAUUCCCUGGUCGGCAGUCUGAUCUGUCGCAAUCCAGCGGGGACUCUGAUGUGAAGGAUAGAAUCAUUGAAGAUCCCUUGCCGAGCCCUCGUGGGGGCGGUAGACGAGUCUCCUUCUUUGAUGUGGGAGGUCUGUUGGAAGGCGGAAAUUCGUCCAUGGCACCGUCGCCCACCGAUUCCGUCAUCGCUCACGACUUUGCACCGCAGCCACGGCGAACCUCGAGAGCAUCGAGCUCUUUCAUGCCAAAUGGCCGAGCAUAUCCUCCGUCGGCCCGCCGCUCCUCCCGGCUCUCUCAACAAUCAGAAGACUACGAGAUGACUCGACCGGGUCAACCGCUACACGAUGCAGGCGGCUUGUUAUCAGAAAGCGACGAGUUAGCUGCUGAGGAGGGAACAUCCUCGUCUUCAGCAACAUCGAUGUCCCAGACCGCUCCUCCUCCCCAGCGGCCAAAUGCUCUUCCGUUCGUUGCCCGCAGCGCCCCCAAUUCCACCCAUCCGAGCGCUCCAUCAUUACAGGAUGCAGGUGGUCUCCUUUCUUCUCCUUAAUCCUUUUGUGUGUGAUACCCAAGGCCCAUUGAUGGGUCCUUCAUUCUGCAUAU